UUAAAUAUGUCAGCUAGACGUUUAUUUAUCUCAUCAAAUAAUUUAACUAUCAUGAAAAUAUUUUCAAGAUAUAAAAGUACAAAAAAUGAAUCUGAAAGAAUGAAAAAAUUUCAUGAUAAAUUAAACAAAGAAAUUCCAAACGAGCCACUUUUGAUAGAGACAGACCCAAAAAGUGGUGAAUUAAUUCCUGACAGUGAAAAAAAUCCAACAAAAUGGGGUGAUUGGCAGCACGCUGGACGAGUUACUGAUUUUUAAAUUAAAAAAAAUAAUAUAUUCACAAUAAUUAUUUAAAUUUAUUUUUGAUCUUCAUGAAGAUAUAAAUUUUCUUUUUUAAAAAUACAAAAA